AUGGCUCAGCAGAGAAACAGUAUAAGUCAGUGUCCAGGGAAUAUAGAGACACAAAAUUUGACGUUCAUUUCAGAAUUCUAUCUCAUGGAACUCACGGAUAAGCCAGAACUGGAGCCCGUUCUCUUUGGUCUGUUUCUGUCCAUGUAUCUUAUUGCGGUGCUUGGGAACCUGAUCAUUGUCCUGGCUGUCAGCAAUGACCCUCAACUACACACACCCAUGUACUUCUUUAUCUGCAACCUGUCCCUAGCUGAUAUUGGAUUUAUUUCUACCACAGUCCCGAAGAUGAUGGUGAACAUUAAGACGCAUAGAAGAAGCAUAUCCUACAUGGCAUGCCUAACACAGAUGUCUGCAUUUGCCAUUUUUGGUUGUGUAGAUGACAUGCUUCUGGCUGUGAUGGCUUAUGACAGGUUCAUAGCCAUUUGUCAUCCUCUUCAUUACCCAAUCAUUAUAACCCCCAAGCACUGUGUCUUACUGGUUUUGAGUUCAUUUUUGGUUAGCAUUCUGGAUUCCCAGCUGCACAAUUUGGUUAUCAUGCAACUUCCAUAUUUCAAGGAUGUGGAAAUUGCUAAUUUCUUUUGUGAUCCUUCUAAACUCCUUAAUAUGACCUGUUAUAAUUAUUUUAUCAAUGACAUUGUUGAGUACUUUACUGGUGCUAUAUUUGGAUUUUUUCCAAUCCUGGGGAUCCUUUACUCUUACUAUAAAAUUGUGUUAUCUGUUCUUAAAAUUUCAUCUUCAGAGGCAAAGUUUAAAGCUUUUUCUACAUGUGUGUCUCAUCUGUCAGUAGUUUGCCUAUUUUAUGGAACAGGUCUGGGAGUAUAUCUUAGUUCAGCUUUGUCAUCUUCUCAUAGAAAGGAUUUAAUCGCUGAAGUGAUGUACACAGUGGUUACACCCACACUUAAUCCAUUUAUCUACAGCCUUAGGAACAGGGAUAUUAAAGGUGCCUUGAGGAGGCUGCACUUGAGAACAAAUUAA